AUGGAAAUAACAGAACAAGAUCUUAAAGAUUCGCAUCCUGUAACAUUAGCAGAAGUAAGGUAUCUUUUAGAAACUGUAAAAGAUAGAUCAUCUGUAGACAAUAGAUCUGCAUCUUAUAAAAUUUUGAAACAGACACUUAAUUACGUAGAAAAAUUUUGUAAAAUAGAAGAAAAAAGCUUAGCUGACGAUUUAAGAUCUUCUUUGUUCAAUUGUGGCUGUAAUGAAGUCGAGAUAGCACUAUUAGGAUCACUUUUUCCUCAAUCAAUUGAUGAAGCAAAGAUGCUAAUACCAUCCCUUAGUGAUAAAGAUAAUACAUUGUUAACAAAAGUUAUUGAUCUAUUAAUGAAAUAUAAUUAA